UGUUCUUUGGAUUAGUCCAAGGUCAAUGCCAUUGAAUACUGCACUAAGCAACCAAUUUGCAGAUUAAGAAAUUCAGACGACCCAAUUCUCGAGUUUCUUUCAAUCUUGUCUCCUUUCUUUCAGAUCUAAAAUCCCCUGCCGGCUUCCGAUCCGAUCGCAUACUCAUGGGAUUGGUCGGCGUCCAAGAAAAUGGGGCCGGAGAUUUGGGAUUCCCGGGCGUUUCAUUGGGCGCGAAGAACAAGUACAAGAGAAUGGAUUCUGAGCUCAAUGAGGAUCUCGAUGACCAUCAUCAUCAAGGCGAUGCGAGUUCCAGUGCGAGGAAAUAUGUAUAUGCCUGUGCUGUUUUCGCUUCUCUCAACUCUGUUCUUCUCGGAUACGACGUCGGUGUGAUGAGUGGGGCGAUUAUCUUCAUUCAGGAAGAUUUAAAGAUAACUGAGGUACAGGAAGAAGUUCUUGUUGGGAUUUUGAGCAUUCUUUCCCUUCUGGGAAGCUUAGCCGGUGGUAAAACAUCUGAUGCCAUUGGAAGAAAAUGGACAAUGGCCUUGGCUGCUCUUGUCUUCCAAAUUGGUGCAGCUAUUAUGACACUGGCACCUACCUUUCAAGUGUUGCUGAUCGGCAGAAUAUUGGCUGGAGUUGGAAUUGGGUUGGGCGUUAUGAUUGCUCCUGUUUACAUUGCAGAGAUUUCCCCCACCAUUUCUAGAGGCUCACUCACUUCCUUCCCUGAGAUCUUCAUAAACCUUGGCAUUUUACUUGGCUAUGUCUCCAAUUUUGCUUUCUCUGGUCUACCUGCCCACACAAACUGGAGACUCAUGCUUGCUGUGGGCAUUCUUCCCUCAAUCUUCAUUGGAUUUGCACUCUUCAUCAUCCCUGAGUCUCCCAGAUGGUUGGUGCUGAAAAAUCGAGUCGACGAUGCGAGAUCCGUGCUUCUGAAAACCAUGGACAAUGAGAAGGAGGUGGAAGAAAGAUUGGCAGAAAUCCAACUAGCUGCUGGAAUUUCCAGUGCUGAAAAGUAUGAAGAAAAGGCUGUUUGGAGAGAGUUCUUGAACCCUUCUCCUGCACUUAAACGAAUGCUAAUCACUGGCUUUGGAAUCCAAUGUUUCCAACAGAUCACCGGCAUCGACGCAACCGUAUAUUACAGCCCCGAGAUCUUCAAAGAAGCUGGAAUCCAUGGUAACUCCAAGCUGCUUGCAGCAACCGUGGCAGUCGGACUUGCAAAGACAGGUUUCAUAGUGGUUGCCAUUGUUCUUAUUGACAAGCUAGGUAGAAAGCCAUUGCUGUAUCUGAGCACAAUUGGAAUGACUGUUUGCUUGUUCUGCUUGGGCUUUACGCUCACUUUCCUUGGGAAUGGGACAGUUGGUGUUGGCUUAGCCAUUUUUUGGGUGUGUGGGAAUGUGGCCUUCUUUUCAGUGGGGAUUGGCCCUGUGUGUUGGGUUUUGACGUCUGAAAUCUUCCCAUUGAAGCUGCGAGCCCAAGCAGCCGCGCUUGGAGCUGUGGGCAACAGGGUUUCUAGUGGGAUUGUGGCCAUGUCUUUCUUGUCAGUUUCUCGAGCAAUCACUGUUGGUGGAACAUUCUUCAUCUUCUCCUUCAUAUCUUCUCUGUCAGUUGCCUUUGUUUACAAGUUCGUUCCAGAAACCAAGGGGAAAUCUUUGGAACAAAUAGAAUCAUUGUUUCAAAACGAUAUUGGUUGGAGAGAACCUGAAGUGGAACUUGGAGAUGUGGAGCAACUUGUUGAUAAGAAUGAACAAAAAUGAGCUAAUACCAUUCCCUUCUCGACCAUGCAAACGCUUGAAACUCGAGUGGCCCCUGCACACCACCAUGGCUAGCUGCGGCUCUCUCACAAGGAUCACCACAACUCCUCUCUAAUAUUGCUUUUUUCAGGGAAGAACAGAUGGAGAUUUGGCUGUAUGAGAAAGGUUCUUUCCUUGAUCUCUACUUACUAUCCGAGUAAAUUUUUUAAAAAUAAUUUCAUUGAAUAUCAUUACAUAGAUUGAGUGUGCCACGGAUGCAAAUAUCGACCUUCCGUGCACGUGAAUCUGUGCAUGGAAGUCUCCUUGCACACGUGUAGGCUCGUGUAAAGCGCAUGAAUUUCGUAUCGUUGUAAUACUCCAUGUAUACUCGUGAUUUAGAUAAAGAUUUGGAAUUCGAAUUCGACA